AAUUUAUAAAAAAAAUAAACAGUAGAAAAAUGAUAAAUGGAUGUACUGCGUAGAUACUGGCCAUUUUAAUGGCUUUUCGAGCUGAAUUUAUACAAAUUUUACAGCUUGUAGCCAUUCAUUAAGGGCAAGGUGACUUAUAACGCCUAUGUGUCUUAUGCAAUGCGUUACAAUAAUAGCUUGUAGCUGCCGCUUAACGAAGGAAGGAAAAUACAUGAGUGAGGUCAAAUGAUUCACGGGGUUAACAAAGUUUACAACGAUAAUACGUAAUUGUGCUGUGUCUGUGAGAGUGUGUGGUGGUGUCAACGGUCGCGAACCAUCUGCGGCCGAACUGUACCGCGAAGUGUCUGACUUAUAACUUAAGAAUUUAUUCCGGUUUCGAUGAGUAAUCGAUUAGAUGAGAUGAUUGAAAGCGUUUCGCGUCGUGCCUUCAGUAGUUCCAGUGGCACUUACAAUGUCCGAGCGUUGGAGCUGCAGAGAGAGCGAAAACUCAACAUAUUAAAUGUUACCGUGCAGUUCUUGGACGACACCCAACACUCUUUUCAAAUUGAGAAAAAAGCAAAAGGCAGUGCAUUGCUGGACCAAGUGUUUCAACAUAUAGAACUUGUUGAGAAGGAUUACUUUGGACUACAGUUUACGGAGAAUGGUGCAUCACCAAACGCUACUAACACAGAAAUUACGCGUUGGUUAGACCCAAGCAAGUCAGUCAAGAAGCAAGUUGGCGGCAAUGCGCAGUUCUGGCUAGCAGUCCGGUUCUACCCUCCAGAACCUUCUAGACUGGCCGAGGAGUUCACCAGAUACCUCCUCUGCCUUCAGCUGAGGAAACUACUGCUGGAUGGCAGGAUGACCGCUCCUAAGAAUACUUUGUUGUUACUUGCUUCAUUCACUGUCCAAGCGGAACUCGGCGAUUACAACGCAUCGGAGCAUCCGUCAGACUAUCUCUCCGAACACAGAUUAGUGCCUAAACAAACUGCCGAAGACGAGAGAAGGAUUCGAGAACUACACAAACUGCAUAGUGGCCAGGCUCCGUCUGACGCUGAGGCGAACUUUCUAGAACACGCGAAGAGAUUGGACUGUUAUGGCGUCGAAUCACAUCCGGCUAAGGAUUACAAUGGAAAGGACAUAUUUAUUGGCGUAACCUCAAUAGGUAUAGUCGUCUUCCAGAACAACAUUCGAGUGAACACCUUCUCUUGGAGCAAAAUCGUCAAGAUCUCCUUCAAGAGAAAACAGUUCUUUAUUCAACUUAAGCGGGAACCUUCAGAAUCCUACGACACAGUUCUCGGCUUCAACAUGCGUUCUGGUCGCGCAGCGAAAGCCCUCUGGCGCUGCAGCGUAGAACGCCACGGCUUCUUCCGUCUCCGGGCCCCGCGGAGAAGGCCCCUUUUAGGAGCCUUAGGGGCCCUGGCCGGUAUAACAGCCCCUACCGUGCCUAGAACAGAGACCCAAGCGCUGGAAGAUGCUAGAAGGUCGAGAUCGAGUAAUAGGACUUUUGUCAGACGCAGCAGUUCCCGCACCCGGUCCCGGUCGCCGGGCAAGCUGUCGCUCGGCGCGCCCGCAGCCCCGGCGCCGGCGCGCGGCGCGCGCGUCACGGCGCACGACGAGCCGCCGCCGCGUGCCGCCUGGGCCGCGCCCGCGCAAGACAACGAAGACGAAGGCGGCUUCCUCGAACGUUCUCUCGCCCUCCGCGUACCCCUCUCAUACGCCGACGACUCGGACACAGCGUCAGAAGUCGCCGAGCAAACCGUCCGGGUUCGACUCUCGGCCGGGGCUGAUGGGAGAUUCGGGUUCAACGUGAGGGGCGGAGGCGGAGCUCCGGUACUGGUGUCUAGAGUGGCUCCGAGAAGCCACCCACAGCUGCAGGAAGGGGACCAAGUUAUAUCAAUAAACAACACGGACGUAGAAGACCUAACCCACGAGCAAGUUGUACAGAUCAUCAGAAACACACGCGGCGUGCUAACGCUCGUCCUCAAACAAAAUGCCGUAUACGAACCCGAAGAAACCGGCCCCGAAGAACCAGCAGUAUGCUUCGUCCCUCUCUGUUCCGGGCAACUGGAAGGAGACGCACUAGAACAGUCCAUGCUCUUACUAGGCGACGGUCUAGCGAGCGGCGCGGCUUUGAAGCAAUAUGAAACGUUACUCAGGAGGAUAGUUGAAGAACCUUGUGCUGCGUCCAGACAUGUCAAUAACGUCAAUAAGAACAGAUAUAGGGAUAUUGCCCCUUACGAUUCUACGCGCGUUAUAAUGAAGAAUUGUUCAACUGGUGACUACAUCAAUGCCUCGUACAUCAAUAUGGAAAUACCCAGCUCCGAUCUAGUGCUUACGUACAUUGCUACACAAGGUCCCUUACCAUCAACCGUGGGUGACUUCUGGCAAAUGGUGUGGGAGUGUGAAAGCAGUUUGGUCGUGAUGCUAACAGUUCUGGUUGAAAGAGGGCGGACCAAGUGUCACCAGUAUUGGCCUAAGGUUGGCAACACUCCUCUUAAAGCGACGAACACGCUUACUGUCCAGACAAACAGUGAGCAGAACUUGGGACAUUACGUAAGGAGAGAGAUGACUAUAAAGGAGACAGGCGGGGCGACUAGGAACAUAACUCAACUUCAAUACACCGCGUGGCCCGACCAUGGUGUGCCUGAAGACGCAGCUGCCUUCAUCGACUUCACUCGAUUAUGUUCGCGGCUCAGAAACCAUAGAGCGGUGAUACCGACCGUAAUCGAAGAGCUGGACGGCGAAGCGGAACGCGUGCUCGACCCUCCAAUGAUAGUCCACUGUUCCGCCGGCGUGGGCCGCACCGGCGCGCUAAUACUUGCGGAAACUGCCAUCGAGCUGCUGACGCGCCGCCAGCCCUUCUACCCGCUCGAGCUGACCAGGCACAUGAGGAAACAGCGCCCCAUGUGCAUACAGAAUGCGAGCCAGUACAAGUUCGUAUGCGAAAGCAUACUAUCGGCGUACAACCAGGGUCUCAUCAAGGAGUCCUCAGAAAGCGGUUCCCCCUGAAGCCUCAUCUUGCCAAUCCAUUUAUGAUGUAAGCUAACUUAUUGUCACAACGAACAAAAACUUGUUGGUCCUUUGUUUUUAAAUGAGAUUAACUGUAAAUGUAAAACGGGGUGACUUUAAAAUGGUGGGGUAGCAAUAUAAAAAUACAUCAUUUAGAAAAUUUUAAACGUAACCUGUUAGUUUUGUAGUUUUAGCAUCUACAUAUUUGAAACGUUUAUAAUUUAAUUUACUUUCUAGUUUGGGUUUGUAUUAACUUAAAACUAAUGUGUUAAAAAUAAUUUCUUAACAAACUACGAAGAUUACAUAUUUGAUUUUAAUUUCACUAGUUAACUCUUUAUUGAAAUAGCCCAUUUAUUUCAAGUCACCCCAUUGUACACUUAAACUUCAUUAAGUAUUAAUCUUCCAACCGGGUUUGAUGAUUUCCUUGCAACGAAGAUUUUAUUUUACAUGCACACACACUGUACUGUCAAGGGUAUUAGAAAGAUAAGUGUCUGUAAUAAACAUAAGAUCAAGCAAGCAAGACUGAAUGGCAAAGUGGCCUUCUAAAGUAGGAAAACGAACGAGGGACCUCAAUGAAGUAUAAAAUAUCGAAGGAAAUUUCAACUGUCUACUGCCUCUAUGAUAUCGUUUAAUAUAUGAAAGUAGAAAAGGUUCAGUCUAUUUUUCGGACCAGUCUAGAAGUUAUAUAAAUACGUACAAUAAUUAUCAUGUUUAUUUUUAUUUCCUAAUUAGGAGAUGUAGGUGUUUUUUUGAAAUAUUUAAGAUUUCUAUUACUACUCAUAUGAAGAGCAGCUUUUAAGAAAAAAUGUUAUUUUGUGUUUUACACAUAAAAGUAAAUUUGAUCCGAGACCGAGAACUUCUUAUUUAUGCCUUUAUGUCUACUAAAUGUUACUGUCAUUAAAAAAAAACUAACCAUGGAGAUACUUUUGUCUGAGAUAAACUCCAUUUUUCUACAAAUUCGAAAAUCAUCUCGAAUAGACAUAUCACAGUAGUUAAAGUAACCUUGCUUUUGUAUAUUUGUACUUAUCUUCUAUCUAUUCUAUCUGUUUUCUUCAAUGUAGUUGUAUCUUGCCUUCGUAACGAAUUUAUGAAAAUUUAAUUUUAAUAACUAGUUUUAGUAUUUAUUGUUAUUAUAAGUUUCAUUUCUUGUGCCAUUCACAGAUAAUAUAUUGUUCAAUUGAGGCGA